ACAACAUCGAAUUUCCAUUACCAGUUCGAAUCCCUAUUUACGAAAUAUGCUUUGCAUUUUCACAUAUACUUUUGAAAUCUGCUUUGAUUUUUCUAGAAACAAAUGUCGAUAAUUUAAAUCAAUCAUUAUAGCAGAUCAUUAAUCAAGCUGAUUAUGUGCAAUUAAAACUUUUUGUAUUGAUACCAUAUUGUAACACUUCCGAAUACGUGCCUACAAGUUCAAUGUUUAUUACAGUUACAGAAAGAUAGCACGAUUAGUUAUUUACGUUUGUGAACUGGCAUGCAGUAACAAUUCAUGGACCACAAUAGGAAAAUAAUAAAUAGAUUUUUAUCUGUGGAUUUUGUUUGAAGUCAGUAAAGUUAUUACAUGUUUUAAAUAUCCUGUGUGGUGUUGCAAGUUUUUUACAUUGGCACGAAAAUGGCAGAAGCAGCACAUGUUAGUUCCUUACCUCUCCCACCUCUUCAGUAUGUCAAUUUAUACACAGAUGAAAAUAUUGCAAAAGGUCAUGCUCCUCCUCCACCUAAGUGCAAUGUUGACUCUUAUUCUAUGUUUGGAUCUCAGUUCCACACUGAUGACCCAAUCAUCCGGCCUCUUGAGAGUCAAGGCAUCAGACGAUUAUACCCUCAAAACUAUGAUCAUAAACGUGAACUAAAAAAACUUAAUCAUUCAAUUUUAGUCAAUUUCCUCGACAUGCUUGACAUAUUAAUAAGAUGUCCCGAUACAAGCAAGCGGGAUGAAAAGAAAGAAGACAUUAAUUUGUUAUUCAUUCAUACUCAUCAUUUGAUCAAUGAAUUUCGACCGCAUCAAGCCCGUGAAACUUUACGAGUUAUGUUGGAGGUUCAGAAAAGGCAGAGGAUUGAAACCACUGAGAGAUUUCAGAAACAACUAGAAAAAGUUAUGGAAAUGUUGCAACAAACAGUUGCAAAUCUUCCAGAUUCUGUGGACAUGGAUUGUAGCAUAACAAUCAAGAGUGAACCAAUUGACGAAGAUGAAAAAAUCGAAACGUCAGAUGAGAAAGAAGAGCAUUGUUAUGGUCUUGAUCGUAUAAUGUGCGAUAUUGUUGAUGCUAUGUGAUUUUCAAAUUUGAAAAAAUUUUGUAAAAUGGAAUGAACUCUAGUAUCAAAGCUGAGCAUUAACAAUUCAUUCUGAAAUAUGAUUAAUGAACUUCUUGAAGUAAAGCUUCAUAUAUGUGCCUUAAUCAUCCUAUAUUAAAUUUAAUUCUCUUUUAAUCUUAUUGAAAGCUCAUUUGUAUUGCAUUUCGUAUUUGUACCUGAGAGGUAACAGUUGUACUAUAUUUGUAGUUAAAUAUGCAGAAUAAAAUUUUCAUUAC